AUGGCUGAGGAGAAGAGCUUUCGCUACGGGUUCAUCAUCCUGGGUUUCUUCCUGGUGAUGACGGGGAUGUUCAUCAUGAGCGUGGAGAAGCCCCAGAUCUACAUCACCUUCUGUGCCCUGGGUGUCCUGCUCAUAGCUGUGGGCAUCACCUGGAGCAUGUGCCAGUGCUACCCUAAGAUAAUGUUUGUCCCUGUGAACCUGGAGGCUGAGCGGUUCCUGAACCACAAACCCAUCAUGCUGCCAGACAGGGACACCUGCUUGAUUGUCCCCUGCCCCAACCAAGAGGCCAUCAGCACCUACGAGAAGAGCCUCCCAUCCUACGAGCAGAUCCAGAGGCAGGCAGUGGACUCGGCCCCACUCCCACCCACGGCCCAGCCCAGACCCCCCAGUUCCUCUCAGCCAGCCCCCGUGCAGGCAAAGGCAGAGGUGCACCAGGAGCUGGGGGGUGCUGGAGCCACCCCCCGAGAGCUGGCGCCGUGGCUGGAAACAGCGGCAAGCAGCUGCUCCCCCCGGCCUGCCCUGGGGCCAGCACCGCUGGCGUCACUUCUGGAGGACAUGGACACACCGUCGCUGGAGGGCUCCGUGCCCGGCAGCCCUGAGCCACCAGGUCGGCCCCUGCCAUCCGCUGUCCGCUCCGGCUGCACCCCGACCAGCUCCCCGGCAGGGGGAGAGCACCCCGGUUCCCCCCGCAAAGGCGCUGGAGAGGAGGAUGACCUCUAUUAUGGGCUCCGAGAGGGGCCGGACGCUCUGCUUGAGGAUAGCGACCACCUUUUUGAGCCUGAAAACUGA